CAAUUCACAACUCGUAUUCAUACCUUUAACUUUUACAAAUUUCUAUUUCCCUCAAAUAAAAAAAACAUUUUAUAUCUACCUAAAAUUUCAAUUUCAACCUUAAUUCCUAUUGCAAAAGAGAGCGUUAGCUUAAUAGUAGCAACUAUAAAUGCAUUAGUACACAUUAAAAAAAAUUUAUAGCUUAAACAAUAACAAACAUUUGUAUAUCAAUUAAUUGCAUCACAAUACAAAUAAUCCACUUUCCUAUUCAUUAUAGUCCACAGCAAACUACUCCUUUACUAGCAAACUUCAUCAUCAACAACAAAUUGCAAAACCGAAAACGUGGGCGAAUUUCUUCCAUAAAUGCCAGUAAUAUCAUCAAAUUCAUCCAUUUUUUCUCAAUUUUCAUCAUCUUUGACAAAUCAACAAACUACCCAAUUCACAUUAAGCCAUGUAAAACCCCAAAAAAGCUUCUUUUUGUUCAUUUUUCCUCUUAAAAAUACCCAAAUUAGAUGCUUAAAGUCUUCAAUCAUGGAGGGUAAUUCUGUUCAAUUAAUGGGUACAAGUUUAGAAUCAAUUGAUGAUAAAUAUUCUAAAGAAUUGGAUGUUGCUGUUAAAGCUGUUCAAAUGGCUUGUUCUUUGUGUCAAAGGGUUCAACAAGGUUUUAUUUCUAAGUCUAAUUCUAUUGUUCAAGCUAAGGAUGAUAAUUCCCUUGUUACUAUUGCAGAUUGGAGUGUCCAAGCUACUGUCAGCUGGGUAUUGUCUGAACAUUUUGGCAGUAGAAAUGUCUCGAUUGUAGCGGAGGAAGAUGUUGAAGCUCUAUCGAAGCCUGAGGCGACUGGCCUCUUGGAAUCCGUAGUACAAACUGUCAACAAAUGUUUAUCCGAAGCGCCCCAAUUCGGCAUUAAAGGACCCCAUAUGCCCCUAGAGAAAGUAGAAGUUCUUGAGGCCAUUAGGCACUGCAAUUCAAUUGGUGGGCCUAGUGGUAGAUUUUGGGUACUCGAUCCUGUCGAUGGCACGCUAGGUUUUGUACGCGGGGAUCAAUACGCUGUUGCUCUAGCAUUGGUUGAGGACGGGCAAGUAAUGCUUGGUGUUUUAGGUUGUCCUAAUUACCCGUUGAGGAAGGAGUGGUUGUCGUAUCAUCACCGUUACUAUAGGAUCAUAUCCAAGCUAACACCGCCAAGUUCUGAAUCUUGGGAUAAAGGCUUCGUGUUAUACGCCAAAAAAGGUAGCGGAAAAGCUUGGAUGCAGCCAUUACUACCACAAUCUAAGACAAUUGUGUGGAUAAAAUCCCCCAGACCUGUCUAUGUAUCUCCUGUUGAAGAUCCUGCCCUGGCGACUUUCUGUGAGCCUGUUGAACGAGCAAAUUCAAGCCAUUCUUUCACUGCCGGGCUUGCUCACAGCGUUGGAGUUAGGAAGGAACCGUUGCGUGUGUACAGCAUGGUCAAGUAUGCAGCUGUAGCUCGUGGGGAUGCGGAGAUAUUCAUGAAGUUUGCUAGGUCUGGCUACAAGGAAAAGAUAUGGGAUCAUGCAGCUGGCACUGUUAUUAUCCAGGAGGCUGGUGGUGUGGUAACUGACGCGGGCGGGCAUCCCUUGGACUUCUCAAAUGGUAUAUAUUUGGAAAAUCUCGAUCGUGGCAUAAUCGCCUGCGCUGGAGUCCAAUUGCAUGAGAAAAUCGUCCGAGCUGUGGAUGCUAGCUGGGAUUCCUCCUGCUUAUGACUUACUUUGCAGCAAAACGCCCUACAGUCUUAAAUUUUUUCCUGGGUUAGCGACUUAGCUCCGAUCAUCUUCAACGAGCUUUCCAUCUCGAGGAAUGGCGUGCACAUUCUGGUGGCGGUUUUUCUGUUUCUCCGAUCGGUUUUCUCCUACUUGCACAACUUUGGAACUAAUCAAUUUCUAUACAGUACUGAUUACUGCUGUGUACAGAUGCCAUAUAUGUAUAAUGCAACAUAUUUUUUGUAUUUUUGAUAUCUUUAACUUGGUUGUGGGUUUGAAUUAACUACGACCAUGUCUCAUAAACUUGUAAAAAUCAGUAUUAAUAAAAAAAUUAAGUUAGGUUUUAUGGCCUUGUCCUAAGGCUUAA